UCGAUCGGAACCUUCUAUCUUUCUGACGGCGAAUUGGCGGUCUAGGAAUUGGACUUUGAAAACCUAUCUACGACAUAAGCAUAAAAAAACGGAAGAAAACCGCAUUAUAACACGAGCUUAUCACGUGAUCGACUUGAUAUCCGAGCAGACGUCGGCGACGUCGCGAGAUUCGUCCGCGGCGCUUGUCAUACAUGCAGGAUGGCGUUCAACCUGGCCGCGUUCUCGUAUAUCGUCGCGUUGAUCGGCGACGCGUUUCUGAUAUUCUUCGCGAUAUUUCACGUGAUCACGUUCGAUGAGUUAAGGACUGGACACAAGAACCCGAUCGAUCAGUGCAACAACUUAAAUCCGAUCGUCCUACCGGAGUACAUACUGCAUGUCACGAUAAAUAUUUUAUUUCUGAUCGGCGAGCAGUACUUUUCCCUGUUCAUCAACAUUCCGCUGAUAGCCUACCAUGUGUGGCGAUACAUGAACAGGCCUCUGAUGACAGAGUCGGGCCUCUACGAUCCUACGAGCAUAAUGAACGCCUACGACCUGUCCAUGUACCACAGAGAAGGAUGGAUUAAACUGGCAUUUUACCUCCUGUCGUUUUUUUACUAUUUAUAUGGAAUGAUCAGCUCUUUGAUCAACUGAACAACCAUCGAGAGAUGGAUGAAGAUUUUCCACUGUCCCCGCACAACUGUUCGGUGAAACGGUUGCUUACACUAGAAGUACAAGUGACAUCUCACCUAAUUUAUAAUAAUGGGAGUUUUCUAACUGCGCAUUGUGAGAGAGUAUUUCUUUGACAUCUGUCUAUAGUACCUAGGGUGUAAACUUUAUAAUAUAUGUACACAAACAAACAUAUGUGUAUAUAUAUGUGCGUGUAGUACACGUGCACACAUAUAUAUGUAUAUGACCUAGACAGUUUUCUAGAUUAUGUACAAUAUUAUAUUUCAAGUAAUAUAUCUGCAUAGAUAUGAAGGAUUAGACGUAUUUCGAGUCGAACUGAAUAUAAUUUGCGCUUUUGUCGGCACAUAAGUGACAGAAGUGACUGUGUAUUAUUUGUAAAAGUGCUUGAUUUCGACGCGGUAGAUGUAAUAGCUUUUGAUACCUUUGUAUACGGAGCGUUCUUUUUCUUUCUUUCUUCACGUUUAGAAUAGGUGUACAUUUCACUUAACAUUACACAUACAUGUGUCACAAAAGUAUGCAAAGAAUACUGCAGUUGUUAAUAAAAUGUGAAGUAAAUAAUAUAGUAAGUGCACAAACUCCGUGUUUUUCAACUCUUACGUCUUAGUCUUAGAUUGUGAUAGACUUAGUCACGUCUUUAUGAUUUCUUUCGUGUAAUGAAUCGUCACACCUUUACAAAUUUUAUUCACAAGAUCCUGGCCUCUCGCUGUAAUUGUCCUUGUUCGAUUACGUCAGGCGUGAGGAAUGACACGUUGAAAAUUCUUGCGUGCGUUAUGUUCCUUCUUUUUCGAGUGAAUAAACUUCUUCCGGUUAAUAAAUACGUACAAAAUAUGAAUGUGAUAUAUUAAGCCCGCGCGUAACCCUUGCUGAUUUGUCUUUGAAGCAGCAUCUCGCAAGUUACCAGAUGUCAUUCCAUGUCUCUCUUCUUCAAUUGAUAUGGCACCCUUUCAGUUUCCUGAUUUUAGGACCGUUCUCGUCGCAUGUAAACGUCUUCUGACGGUAGAUCCAUUAACAUUUAACUCGUUUGAUAAAUCUUCGAGCGUUCGACUCGGAUCUUCUUCGAGUAACUCUCGCAGUUGUACAUCUUGGAAUUUUUUAGGUGCCCCUUCGCGUCCCGGUCACUCACGUCUCAUAAUCACCCCUUUGAAAUCGCCGAAAACCACUCUUUACACGUAGUACUCGACGGAGCAAGAUCGCCGUAAGUAUAAACUAGUAUUCGAUGCGUUUCAACAGCACUUUCUUUUCUGAAUAUAAUAAUAGAGUAACAAUUCCCGCAACUGGUGCUUCGUUGGGGUAAAUGUUGCCAUUUUCGACGCAAAAUAAAAAUAAAGAUGUUUAUGCUUUAAACGAAAUACUGCGAUUCAAAGCUCACAUAUACACCUUCAAGACACAAGUAUAUCCGUUUCAUCAAACACGAAAUUAGUACCACUAACGAGACCUUUCUGAAAAGGGCGGAAAUUUAUUCCCAUACUUAAUAGUUCGAACAAUUUUACGCGACACUCAAAAUCCGUUUGAUAGAGAAGAGAAUACGUUUAAAAGAUUGUAUAGGUAUUUUGUAUGUAAUAUUUACAUGAUUAUAUACAGUUUAAUUAUAAAAUAAGUAUACACGUAUAAAUCACAUACAGACAUAUAACAAUUUGUUUUCUUAUAAUUAACUUAUAAUAUAUUAAAGUGAAUCUUUCUCCCA